AUGCCGUCGUCCUGGCAGAAGAAGUUCUUUCAGUCUGCAGAUUCCGCUGCGACAGAUGUCCCAUCGACUUCUCAACCUCCUCUAGACUACGGGGCCACGACUAUGGAGGGUGCGACGAUGCCUGGUUCAAAGGGAGCUGUCGAAGUCGUCAACUCGGAUGCGAGCGAAGAAGUGCCCGACGAGAAAGCUCAGGCUGGUGUUAAGGAGGCUGAGGCUAUCACUCUGACAUGGACCAAGGCUUCCCUGGCAGCGGCCUAUAUUCUGAUGUGGUCCUUGUACUGUGUGAAUGCCUUCCAGUCCUCCAUUACUGGCAAUUUGUCGAGCUAUGUGACCAGUGGAUUCGAAUCGCACUCCUUGAUUCCGGUCAUCUACAUUGUUUCCAGUGCCAUGUCCGCAGCAACGUACAUGCCCCUCGCAAAGAUCCUCAAUCUGUGGGACCGAUCGGUCGGUUUUCUGCUCAUGGUGAUCAUUGCAACCAUCGGAUUGAUUCUGUCUGCAACUUGUCAUAAUAUCGCAACCUAUUGUGCAUCCCAGGUGUUCUAUAGUGUCGGCUUUGCGGGCAUCAUCUUCAGUAUCGAUGUCAUCACAAUUGAUACCUCCAGUCUGCGCGAUCGAGGUCUUGCCUUUGCCUUUACUUCGUCCCCAUAUAUUAUCACCGCAUUUGCUGGCCCUGCAGCGGCCGAGCAAUUUUAUGAGUCGAACUGGCGAUGGGCAUACGGAUGUUUUGCCAUUGUCCUCCCUGUCAUGGCCACUCCCAUGUUCGUGCUUCUGCGAUGGGCAUACGGAUGUUUUGCCAUUGUCCUCCCUGUCAUGGCCACUCCCAUGUUCGUGCUUCUGCGAUGGAAUCGGAGCAAGGCCAAGAAGAUGGGUGUCUUGCAAGAGAGGGAGCCUAGUGGCCGAACAUGGAUCCAGAGCAUCAUCUUCUACGUUAUCGAGUUUGACCUCCUCGGAGUUAUCCUUCUGGCGGCCGGUCUCGUACUCUUCCUCCUCCCAUUCUCCAUUGCUGGUUCCGCAGAAGAUGACUGGCGGACCGCUCACAUCAUUGUCAUGCUGGUGAUUGGUGUUGCAUGUCUGAUCGCCUUUGCCUUAGUCGAACGCUUCGUCGCACCAGUUCCCUUCCUCCCAUGGCCCAUUCUAGCUUCCCGGACGGUGCUUGGUGCCUGUCUCGUUGAUGUCUGCUACCAAAUCGCCUAUUACUGCUGGUUCGACUACUACUCGUCGUAUCUCCAGGUGGUGUAUGGCACCAGCAUCACAGUUUCCGGAUAUAUUGUCCACAUUUUCGAUGUGGUCUCCGGUGUCUGGCUGAUCUGUGUCGGUCUUCUGAUCCGCAAGACUGGCCGCUUUCGCUGGCUGCUCUUCGCUGCCGUACCCCUAUACCUCCUUGGAGAAGGUCUGAUGAUCUACUUCCGCAAGCCUAACUGGUCUGUGGGCUAUACGAUUAUGUGUCAGAUCUUCAUUGCCUUUGCUGGAGGUACGAUGAUCAUCUGUCAACAGGUUGCAGUGCUGUCGGCAACAGACCAUAACAACGCUGCUUCCGCCCUUGCUUUCCUGAACGUCUUCGGCACCAUGGGCAGCGCUGUUGGUAGCAGUAUCUCUGGUGCAAUCUGGACGCACACCUUGCCCGGCGCCUUGCAACGUCUUCUUCCCGAGGCGGAACUGCCCAAUUGGGAGUCAAUCUACGAAGACCUAGCAGUACAGCUGAGCUAUGAGAGAGGCUCAGCCGCGCGCCAGGCCAUUGCUCUUGCUUACGCUGAUGCGCAGAGCAAGAUGCUGAUUGCCGGCACUUGCAUUAUGGCCCUUUCUUUGAUCUGGAUGUUUGUCAUUAGAGAUAUCAAGCUGACGAACAGCACACAGACCAAGGGUGUCUUGUUCUAA